UGCAUCAGUAUCAGUGUGUAUGUGUGUAUCUUGACAACCACGUGAAAAUAUUAACCUACAAAAUGGGCCUAAAAGAAAAACGUGAAAAAUUAAAGAAUUCAGAAACUGAUGAUUUAAUAUUAAAAAAGAAAGGAGGAGGAAGUAUAAUAGACCAUAGACCACUAUUUUCCAAUGAUGGAGAAAUUCUAUUUAUUAUAUGGAAACAAACAAUUAGAGCUUACAGUGCUCAAACCGGAGAUUUUGUCAGAGAAUUUGAACAAGCUGAAGGCAGGAUAAUUGGAAUUGCUUUACAUCCAAAUUUUUCUAAUACAGUCAUUGGUUGUAUUAAUACAGGACAAUUAAUUUUCUGGGAUUGUCACAGUGGUCUUAUCACUUCAAAUUUGAAACUGGAGUUAAAUUCUUCAUCAGAAUUGAAAAUAAAGUAUUUUCAUAUUUUAAAAUACAAAAAUGAGAAAGGAAAACCAGUUCAACAUGUUCUUAUAAGUUACACGCUUAACAAUCCAGAUCUUAUUUGUUUAUCUGUCUAUAAUUUAAAAGGCAAAACAUGCAUCAUGUCCAAAACAUUAACGCAAGAAAGCAAUGUUUAUUACAUUGACAUUAUUGGAAAUUAUGGAGACAAUUUAAUUGCUGUUGGACAACAAAAUACAGUUUUUAUUUUAGAUCCUGCUCACAAUUUAUCUUUAAAAGUUACUAAAAUAAAUAGAAUAAUUACCUGCAUUGCUGGACAUCCAGAUGAUCAAUGCGUUGCAGUUGGAGAUUCAAGUGGUCGAGUUGUUUUAAUGAAAAAUUUAUAUCAAAAGCCAACUGAAUCCUCCUAUCAUUGGCACACUCUGCCAGUUAUUAUAAUAGCUUUCAGUAAAUCAGGUGGUCACAUGUAUACAGGAGGUGGAGAAUGUGUUUUGGUAAAAUGGACACUUUCAAAUACACAAAAUAAAGCUUUUUUGCCUAGAUUACCAGCGCCAAUAAAACAUAUUACAAUUGCUCCGGAAAAUAUUUACAUAGCUAUUUCUACUUUAGACAAUGGAAUUUCGGUUGUUAAUCCACAAUUAAAACUUACAUCUGUAAUACAAAAGUUUACCUGGGGUGUUAUGAGUUCAUCUAAAAAUUUAUUUACCGCUGGUCUUAUUGUUGAUCCUCGUACUGGAAGUCUUGUUUUAAAUAGUCGCACUGGUUUCGUUCAAUUUUAUGAUAUUCAUACAAAAAAUCUUUUGUAUAACGUUAAUAUAACGUCACAAAAUUUAUUAUCCCAAGAAAGAAGUGCAGUGAUUGUAAACACUGAAGUAACAAAAAUUGCCUUAAAUUAUGACGGAACAUGGAUGGCAACAGUAGAACAACGUGAGGAUGAUGUUUCUUAUACGGAAGUUAGGCUGAAAUUUUGGAACUUUGAUGCAAAAAAUCAAGUUUUUGUACUAAAUACAUCGGUAGAAUUUCCACAUGAGAAUGGAGUUAAUGCACUGAAAUUUCAACCAAAUACCUCGUUAAAUGGAUAUGAUCAUUUUGUUGUGACUUCUGGAAAAGAUAACAAAUUUAAAUUAUGGAAUCUUGUUGAUCCAGAAUCUACAUACAAACAAACGAAAUUCUGGCAAUUUUAUAGCGUUGGAUUUUAUCGUCAACUACCAUCGACUGAUGCUGCUUUUUCCAUCGAUGGAUCAAUAUUGGGUGUUGGUUUUGGUUCGAGUUUGACAUUAUGGGCUCCCGAGUCUAUGAAAUUAAAAGCUACUCUUUCUCAUAUUCUUUAUCCACAAACAAUAACACAUGUUGAAUUUGGUAAACAAGAAUUGUGCCAUUUAAUUGUGACUGGAUCAGCGGAACAUAUUGCUGUUUGGGAUAUUUUAACGCUUCGCGUUAAGUGGAGCGUUCCUUUAAAAUUAUCUACAAUAACUGCAGAUCCUUAUACUACUUAUUUUGCUGCUUUUACAAAAGAAAAUACAUUAUUUGUAUUCACACCAGAAAAUCCAAAUUACAUUUAUAAAAAAUUGAAUGUAAUUGAAAAUGACAGUUCAAUAUUAGGAACAACUUUUAUUCCCCUCAGUCGUGAAAGGAAGACAUCGAAAUUGAAUCAGUGGCAGAGAAAAUCGCAAUUGUUUUUCUUGGAUUCUAAUCAAGAACUUUUAACUUUAGAAUCGCAAUCGGAAUCUGAAGUUUCUUUAGAAACUUUAACUUUAAAUAAAAAUCUACCAGCAACGGCGUUUGCUCGAAUUUUGGCAGCAGAAAAUCCAUCGAGUAGAGAAAAAACUUUUUCAUUUGUUCAUGAAAAUCCUGGUUACUCGGAAAGAACUUUUGGUGAAGAAUUCUUUGGGGACGUUCCUUGUCAUACUUUACCACCACUAAGGAUGACAUAUGAAACUUUUUUCCUUCGGGCUGCUCAAGUUGCAAUUAAAUCAGAAGAUGAAAAUUUAUCUUGUCAAAAUGAAAUGGACGAUGUUAAAGAAAAUGAAGCUGAUGAUACCGAUGAAGAAGAAGAGCCGUUAUUAAUAAAUAAAACAGAAUCUUUAAAGUUUUGCAAAGAAGAAACAAAUGAAAAGAUGAUUGUCGAGGAGAAUUUACAUUUAAUUAGUCAAGAUUGGUCUGUUUUAUCUCAUAUAGUUCCCAGUCGAGAAGAUAGUUAAUAAAAUUAUCAAUGUGAAUUUUUAUAAUUGAAAUUUAACAUUAUUAAAUUUUAUUACGCCCAAUAAGGUGUAUAACUGACAGGAAUUUCUAUCAAUGAAAUAUUUAUUAAUAAUGUAUUAUAAUAAAUAUUAAUUUUUUUUUACA